AUGGUUCUGAUUGGACCAGAACUGGUUUGAAAACUGUUGAUUCCAACGUACCUUCCUUCAAGGCGCUGGCUCAAUCCCUCGAUAGCCCACGGGCUUUUCUCAUCGUUUUGCUCUUUGAGAAAUGUUUACCCCAUAGCGAGAUUUCUUUGGAAUAGAAACACAUUUGGCGGCAUGGAUGGAUACAAAAGUGUUCUGGUUGGCGUUCUUUCAACUCUGCCGUUGAAAGAUAUCCUCUCUUCCAAGUGGUCUCGUUCCAUCAUUUAAUACCAUUGCUUCUCGGUGCCGUCUGCGAAUAGAAUCUUCCUCUGAGCUUUGUUCUCUCCGCCUUCUACCCCCUUCCACAAACAUGCCGUCAAAGUCCUCCCCUGCAGUUCCUUCACCAUUUGUCAUUCUUACGUCUCUAGAGCUUGGUAAAUCCCACUCAAAAUCCACAGGUAAAAGUUUUGUCUUGAUGAGUUGUUUCCGUCCACUUGAAUUUCUUAUUAAUGGAAGGCAAAGGCCGUUCAGCUGAUUUUGCGUCCGUAGCGAUUGGAGGAAGUUGACUUGUCGUUUGCAGUCGUCGUUGCCCCAAGGUUCCUUUCCCAAGAAGCGUUCAACAAAGCGUGCCUUGAUCAAUCCUUGGACACCAAAAUGAUCCACUAACUGACUUAAAAACAGUAAGCAUUCUUGUUCAACGCCAUCCCGAAGUUGCCAAUUGUCCCAUUCGACAUCAUAUGGAUUGUGUUCGUAGUCGGUAAGGCUGUAUUCGAGUGAUUUUACUAGCGCAGAAUAGGUAUCUGGUUUAUUUACAAGGUGUAUUGUGGCUAACUGCUAUUAGUGCAAGUUCAAUGGUAAGGCGAGUCUUUGUCGUACAUUGAUGGACCAUGUAGGACAAGGCCUUGAUGCCUUUCUCCCUAGUGUCGUAAUCUGGUCGAGUUAUGUAGUGAAGAAUGGUAUCGAGUGUAGUCUGGUCGUAUAUUGCGCGCUCACAGAUUAUUAUGGACGUCGUUUCCUGGAUGGAAUAGUUUGUGCUGUCGAGGAGCUUGUCGAGAGUUGAAACUUUCAACGAAUCCUCGACUUUCUGAUCGAUAUAUUGAGUCUUAUUUUCGGCAGGCGGCAAGGCAGCGGCAUCGCGAUAGUUUUCUAGGAGAUGUCGCAUGAGACCGACAACAGCGCAUGCUCCCAAUCCGAUUCCCAAGAAGAAUACACGAUCCUGUGCUGGCUGGGAUAGCGGCAUUCUGUAUAGGCUCAGUCCUGUAACGGUACAUACUCCGAGUCCCAUUCCAAGGUAGUACGCGCGUUUAUCCAUAGCUCGCAGGCGCGACGCCAUCGUAUUUGAUUUUGAGUUGGCAUUCGACUUCCAAGGUUGACGAAGUGAAUUGGAAAGUUGAACAUCUGCAAAUGUUGCACAAGGCGGCGCAAGGCUGCAAAAUCACCGCCUUUUUCUGCCAGAGUUGACGACCACUUUAGGAAAGGUUUAGUGGGGCCGAUAGAUGAUAACCUUGGUCGUCGGAUAACCUGAAAAUAAAAAAAGUUCCUCCCAAACCUAUCUCAACCUACAACCCCGCCAAAAUGCCUCCUUCACAACUCAAGAGAUUAAAGGCUUCAUUGAGGGAGCAGGGAUUGGUGGGACCACAGCAGUCGAAAAAACAGAAAAAACAAAACGCGCAAAAUGGAGUCAAUAAGGAAAAAAGAGUAGGAAAAAAGGUUGCGCUCGAUGGGAUCCGGGAACAGUUCAAUCCUUUUGAAUUCAAACUGUCCGGCAAAGCGCCCAAAUUUGAAGUCACUACCAACAAAGGCAAGACUAAUGCGACUGUACGGCGGCCGGGUCUUCAGAAGGGUCUCGCUGAAGAGAGGGUUAGUCUGGGGUUUGGCCAUCUACAUUUCUUAUGCUAAUGUAUACAUACAGCUCACUAAGGCCUACGAACUCAAUAUGCUGCUAAAGAGAAAAGUAGGAGGCAUUGUGGAUAAGCGUUUCGGAGAAAAUGACCCUUCAAUGGCCCCAGAAGAAAAGAUGUUGGAACGAUUUACGCUCGAGAAACAAAGGCACCACAAGCAUUCAGCAUUCGACUUGGAGGACGACGAUAUGCAGGGAGAACUUACACAUAUGGGCCAGUCGCUUUCUUUGGAUGGUCCGACUCUUGCGGACGAUUUCGAUGAGGACGAUCUGGAAUUAUCGGACGCGGAAGACCACCCUUCAGACGAGGAACGACAGGCCCGAAAACGACGCCGAUCGCCUGGUGCUGAGGAUGAAGAGGACGACGGAGAAGAAGACGAGGAUAGGCCAGAACGGAAAAAGUCGAAGCAGGAAGUUAUGUCAGAGUUGAUUGCAAAAUCCAAACAGCACAAGUACGAGCGACAGGCUGCGAAAGAUGAUGAUGAAGAUCUCCGGGAAGAAUUAGACAAGGAAAUGGGUAGCAUUCAUGCUCUUUUACGGGGACUCGGUCCAAAAGCGAAACCUUUGGCUCCAGCAGUCACACCUGGAAUGAAUCCUGAACGAGCUGCUCUAUUGAAUGGGACGGAUAAAAUCAAAUUCGAUAGAGAGUAUGACUUACGAUUGAGACAACUAGCUCAAGAUGCACGUUCUAAACCUACCGAGCCAUCUAAAACAGAAGAUGAAAGAAUAGAGGCAGAAUCCAGGAAACUUCGCCAAUUGGAAGAGAAGCGACAACGACGUAUGCAGGGAGAACCACAGAGUAGCGAUGAGGAAGACGCGGUUGAUAAUAAUGUUCUUGACGGAGAUGCAGAAGAUGAAGAGGACGAUUAUGGAUUGGGUUCUGGAAUCAAAACACGACCUACCAUGAGCGAACUGGGUGUUGAGGACGAGGAUGACUUUGUAAUUGACGACGAUUUGGUUGCAAGCGGGUCUGACCCCGAGAUUUCUGGAGAUGAAUCUUCAGACGACAAAGAAGAUGGACAACAGGAAGCUGGGGAAUAUGAGGAUACGGAAUUUCUAAAGGGAUUCUUGACAGAGGAAGAGGCAAAGCGACCAGAGUUUCUGACGGGGGCAAAUGUACCAAUCCCAGAAGUGGAACUUCCUGAGAAAAACGGCGUCAAUGGAAAUUUGGCAUAUACGUUCAAAUGCCCUCAAUCUCAUGAAGAGCUUCUCGAGGUAACAAAGGGAAUUGCUCUUCUGGAUCUUCCAACUGUCGUCCAACGAAUUAGGGCACUUUACCACCCCAAACUCAACAGCGAGAACAAGGAGAAACUACGCGACUUUUCUGUAUCACUAGUUGACCACAUUUCAUACCUGACGGACCAACCUAUUCGACCACCCUUUUCGGUGCUGGAAAACAUUAUUCGGCACAUUCAUUCUCUAGCCAAAACUUAUCCUUUGGAAAUUGCGAACGCCUUCCGAAGCCGCCUCGAGGAGAUCAAUGAAUCGCGUUCAUUGACUCCUACUGCGGGGGAUCUGAUAAUUCUCACCGCUAUUGGGAGCAUCUUCUCGACGUCGGAUCAUUUUCAUCAAGUGGUUACCCCGGCACUUUUAACAAUGAGCAGAUAUUUGGGGCUUAAAAUACCCCAAACUCUGUCUGAUUAUGCGACCGGGGCAUAUAUGUGUACAUUGUCGUUGCACUAUCUACGACUUUCGAAACGAUACGUGCCAGAAUUGGUAAGCUUUAUCGAUAAUACUCUUUGCGCUCUUUCUCCUAAGAAGUUGGCGAAACUACCGGGAAAUUUCCCUUACCAUGAGCCAAAAGUGUCCCUUCGAAUAGAGGGCGUUCUGAAGUCAACGAGACGCCUAAGUUUGUUUGAUUGUGUUGAACAAGGACUUUCUGGGGAUGAAGAGCAAUCUUUGAAAGCAGCGCUCUGGGACACAAAUCUUGCGCUUCUGGGAGUAGCUGCGGAGACGUGGGCGGAAAAAGCUUCUUUUACGGAACUCUUUGAACCUACAAUAAAAAUCUUACAACACCUUGGAAAAGAGAACUGCCGGUCUAAUCUUCCACCAAGUACCCAAGUAAGCUCAGACCUCACAUCUUCAUAUCAAGUUGCGACUAACGUAUCCCCAGAAAACCAUCACAAAACUCACCAAGAACCUAACUAUCGCAGUCAAAACAGCCACUCUAGCCCGUCGCCCACUAGAACUGCACCACCACCGACCUCUCGCCAUCAAAACGGCCAUUCCCAAGUUCGAGGAGUCCUACAAUCCAGACAAGCACUACGACCCAGACCAAGAGCGGACCGAAGCCGCGAAACUUAGGAAAGAGUAUAGGCGCGAGAAGAAGGGUGCGAUGCGUGAUCUGCGGAAGGAUGCUAGUGUCAUCGCGCGUGAGAGCUUGCGUGAGAAGAGGGAGCGCGAUGAGGCGUAUGAGAAGAAGUAUAAGAGGCUUGUUGCGGAGAUUCAGGGUGAGGAGGGGAGGGAACAGAAGGCGUAUGCGAGGGAGAAGGAGUGGAGGAAGAAGGGGAAGAAGUAG